AUAGGACGCGAGCCUUCCAUCAUGUCGAGUACAAAGGCAUUUUUGUCGCGGAGCGUCAUACUCGUCGCCAUUUUGGCUUACCUCUUGCGUCCCAUCAAUCGUCCAUCUUUUACCGUAAUUGAACCUCUUAAUCCACAAGACCCCAUCAACCUACCGUCUGGUACUUCUCGCCGCGUCCUUGUCGCAGGAGGCGGCCUGGCAGGGUUAUCGGCCGCCUUGGAAUUGGCUGAACGCGGGUUUCAGGUUUCUGUAUGGGAAGCCUCCCCUGUAUUAGGUGGCAGAUUGGCCACGCGAACGGUGCAACUUUGCAAUCAGACCUUUGCAAUAGAGCAUGGUUUCCACGCCUGGUUCGCAAAUUAUCACGUUUUCGCCGACAUUCGAAAACGAUUGGGCAUUGACCAUUAUUUUCGACCGUGGGGUGCCGUCCAAUUUAUCUUUAAAGACCCUCGGUACAAACCAGAAGCUCUGGAAAGUCAAGGGCCAUACCCAUGGAAUCUAAUCUCCAUCGUCCUCCGUUCCCCCAAUCUCCGCUUCAUCGACGCCAUCCUUUCCACCCGCCAUGUCGUGGAUUUGCUCUGGUUCGACCACAAAACUGUCUGGGGCAAGUACGACGAGCAAUCUUUUUCGGAAUGGGCUCGGGCCAUGGGGAUUGCCCGGGUAUUCUACGACGUGCUGUACGCGCCCACGCUAUCCGUGACGGUCAACGAGCGGCAAAACAUCAGUGCUGCGGAAAUGCUGAGCAUGAACCACAUAUAUUUCCUCAGCCAUCCCAGGGCGGACCGUCGCGAGGUGACCCGGGUUGAUUACGAAACGGCGAUUAUCCAGCCGUGGGAAAUGCGGUUGCAGGCGUUGGGGGUGAAGAUCGAGCGAGGGAAGAGGGUGGGAAGACUCAAUUUCACCGAGACAGGGGUCCAUGUUGUCGAGGAAGAGGAAGAGGGGGAGGAAGGGGUAGCUGGGAGCGACUUUGAUCAUGUCGUGCUCGCCACGAAUCUGCAAGGGGUCAAGUCGAUCCUGGAUGCUUCCUCCGUCUCCCCCCCUUCCUCCCUCUC